UCCAAAAUGGCCGCCAAUCAGGAACCGGUGUUUCAGAUUUUCUCAUUUCAGGACUGUAAAUUUUCUCCGGACCCGGUUUUUGAGCUCCCGGCCCAGUGUCAGACCCCCACACAGGUCCCUAUAGUGAUAGACAACGGCUCCUUCCAGACCCGGGCCGGCUGGGCUGCUCCGGAGGCGGACUUUGACUCCCCGCGGCUGCUCUUCAGGUCGGUAGCGGCGCGCAGCAGAGGGGCAGCCCGCAGCGAGACCCAGAUCGGUAACGAUAUCCCAAACCUGGAGCCGCUGCGGUGGCUGCUGAAGAGCCAGUUCGACCGGAACGUGGUGGUUAACUUCGAGAUCCAGGAGCUCAUCUUCGACUAUGUGUUCACGCACCUGGGCAUCAGCUCAGAGGGCAGCGUGGAACACCCCAUUGUGCUGACAGAGGCGCCCUGUAACCCACUGCACUGUCGUCAGAUGAUGUCAGAGUUGUUGUUUGAGUGCUACCGCGUCCCACAUGUCUCCUACGGCGUGGACAGCUUGUACAGUUUCUACCACAAUAACGCUCAAAGGGACCUCCAGCCACCACACACCGGCAUCGUCCUGUCUUCAGGAUACCACUGUUCACACAUCCUGCCGGUUAUUAACGGCAGGUUUGAUGCAGUGAAUUGUAAGCGUGUGAACGUGGCUGGGAGUCAGGCAGCUUCUUACCUGCAGCGUCUCCUUCAGCUGAAGUACCCAGGUCACCUUGCCGCCAUCACACUCAGCCGUGUGGAGGAACUGCUGCAUGAACACAGUUAUAUUGCUGUGGAUUACCAUGAUGAGCUGGAAAAGUGGCGCAGCCCAGAGUUUUAUGAGCGGGAGGUUCACCGUAUGCAGCUUCCCUUCUCGGGUAAGGUGCCGGGCGGCUGUGUGAGCGUGGAGGAGAGGCAGGAGAGACGAGCUCAGCAGCUUCGACGGCUUCAGGAGAUCAACGCUCGCCGCCGGGAAGAGAAACUGCUGCAGGACCAAGAAAGGCUAGACAGACUUAUGGCAGUACAGGAGCUGCUGGAGGACGGCCUGUUGGAUCAGUUUCAUAAGAGCUUGGUGGAGCUCAACAUGGAUUCCGCAGAGGAGCUGCAGUCUUACAUCAACAAACUGCAGCUGGCCGUGGAGCAGGGCAGACAGAAACUGCUGCACAGCGACGGGGCAGAGGGAAAGACGGAGGUGUCUGAGCUGGAGCAGCCGAUGGACGAGGGAGACGGAGUGGCGCUGAUGGAUCCUGACUUCCCUGAGGACACGCUGCCAGAAAAACCUGCUAAUGUGGUUCAGCCCGUGUUCAACAUGGCAGAGUACCACCAGCUGUUUGUUGGGACAGAGCGUCUGCGGUGUCCAGAGAUCCUUUUCCAGCCCUCGCCGACCGGAGAAGACCAGAUGGGGCUGAUGGAGACGCUGCAGUACGUCCUGGCCAGAUACACUCCAGAGCAGCAGGAGGCGCUGGUGAGCAAUGUGUUUCUGACAGGAGGGAACAUGCAGUACCCUGGGAUGAAGGAGAGAGUGGAGAGAGAACUGUUGGCUAUGAGGCCGUUCCAGUCACACUUCAAGGUGACAAUGGCGUCGCGGCCAGCCCUGGACGCCUGGUACGGGGCAAGAGACUGGGCCUUGGAGCAUCUACCUAGUGGAGAGGGAGGAGCAGCAGAGGGAUGGAUCAGCAGACAGGAGUAUGAGGAGAAAGGAGGCGAGUACCUGAGUGAGCACUGUGCCUCUAACAUCUUUGUUCCCAUGAAAAUCGCAAAACCAGUUCCUGCUCGCCCCACAGAACAAUCUCUUACCACACUGACAUCAAGCGGAGCUUCUGCUGCCGUCACCACAGUUACAUCUGCUGCCUGUGCUAUUGUUGCUGCUGAUGUUUCCAUGGUAACCUCCUGAACUGAGAUCUCAAUCAUGACGAGUCUCCGAUAUUCGUGAAUCCCGGAAAUUAUUUUUGAAAGAAGUGUUUACUGUCAUUCAGUUUGACUUGACUUGACUUUGACCUGCUUCAACAUUGGUUUCUGACCUCUAAUGUUUCCCAGCAUGCCCUUCAACAUCACCCACAGAGCAGGUAUGAACUUGAUGCUUUAGUCACAGGUGACGAAGACUUUGCUUUUUGGUUCUGAGGGACUGAAAACAAAACUGUAUGUGAAUUGUUGAGGAUUCAAAUUGAUGGUCCUGCCCAAACAUGAUUGUAACUGCAAAUAAUAGUGUAUGUCUUAGAGUGGUCUGCUAUUCGACAUUUCUCUGUGGAGGUUUAAGAAAACACCAUCAAACAAUAAUAUAAGCUCAGAAAUACAAGGUUCAUUAGCAGUAGCUGUUUUUGCAGUGUUAAGACAUCAUUUUCCUUUAUGUACCAACAGCCAACAUUCAGGAAUGUUGAAUGGUAAUGCACUUCCUGUUUGUUCUUUAUCGGCAUCUAUCUGUUUCUGGUCUCCUGUGACUUUUGUAACUUCCUGACUGGAACUGUUUUGGAAAUACAAUUUUGUUUUAUUUUCAUAAUGCUUGCCAAAACCGCAAGAGACUAUUCAUACUGAGUGGUCAUCAAAUGAAAGAUCUUAAAAAGGACUAGUGGGAUUAUUUUGUAUUACUGUGUAAAUAGAGUUUGUUGUUUGUAUAUUUUAAAAUUAUAUAUUUUCACUGAUGUGAACAGCUUUUGAUUGAAUGGCAGCAUGAGAAGAAAGUCUGGCAGCUGUCUGAAGCAGCUGGUUACAGAAGAACAGUCUUUUAUGUCAGUCCCCCUUCUUCAGUCCUGUCUUUUUUCUUUCACUACAGCCCACUUUAAAAACAAUUAAAGGUUCAGUUCACUGAAAUUAUAGACACAGGCACACGCAUUCUUAUAUUUCUAUCUUAGUGAGGACCCUCAUUGACAUAUGGCAUUACCUAGCCUUUUACCCUUAUCUUAACCAUCACAACUAAAUGCCUAACCGUAACCUAAACCUAAUUUCAACCCGAACCCUAAAACCAAGUCUUUACCCUCAAACAGGCCUUUGAAAAAAUGAGGACUGGCCAAAAUGUCCUUACUUUGCAAAAAUGUCCUUGCUCUGUUGCUGAAAUUUGUUUUUUGGUCAUCACUGUGUAGCAUGUACAAGUACUUACUCACACACACACACACACACACACACACACACAUUUUCUAACUCACCUCUAGUUGUAUCUAACAAUGCAGUUAGUUCUGGUUUUAUUCGCCAGGUUUUUCUGUUCAUACCAAUACAAUGGAGAGGAACAGAAUUUCGUUUGUUGCCUCACAGCAUUGAAAAAUUAAAUUGCAACAUGUGUUUUUUCCCAGAAAACAUGUCCACAUGACUCUCGAUUGAGGCUCCAACAAGCAAUUAUUUUCAGCACCAAUUAUUGUAUUGUUUAAGUUUUGGAUUCAUCGAUUACAUUUACUCAGAGAAACUCCCAUCACAGUUUCCCAGAGCGUCUGAAAAUGCUUGUUUUGUUUGACUAAUAGUUAAAACUCUACAAAUAUUGAAUGUACAGUUAAACGGACACAAGAAACAAAUCAUCACAUCGAGAAACUGCAACUAGAGAAAAUUUGUUUUUGCUCGAUAAAUGACUGAAAUGAUAUAUCCAUUAUCAGAAUUGUUGGUCAUUUAUUUUCAGUUCAGGCACAUACCUCCAAAACCUGACCAAUAAAACCUUAAUUUUUUCCAAGAGAAGAUAACACUAGAGGUAGCCUAAGUGAGAAAAUAUUUUGAUUUCCCUUUUUUUGGUGAUAAAUUGACCCCUUUAAUUAGUGGAGUUUGCGAUUUUGGAGGAAUUUUGUUGAUAUUUGAGCUCAACACCCAAACAAAUACACUUCUCCUGUCAGUUUACCAUCCCUUUCACCUCUACUGCCUUUCUUUUUAAACAUUUGUGAACUUUUCCCAGUCCUGUGCACAGACAGAACACAAUACUGUUGCUUGGUCUGAGACACUUAGUUUGUUUCCUAUUUACAGAGCCAGGGCUGUGUAUGAGCACUGGAGUUUUUUUUCCCAGCACAGAAUAGACAGUUAGCCAACCGUGUGGAGAUUUCUGCUGGACUGGAUAAAAGCCUAUUGGAUUAAAAUCACAGACUGCACCUUUAAAUGCAGCAUUUAUCACUAGGUGUUGCAAUAUAGUUUUACAGCACUAGAUGGCUCAGAUUAACACAAAAUGUAUGCAUCCUCCACAGCUCUUCAGCCUCUACAGCGUGACUGAGCAUAUUUACAGUAGCAGAUCUGUUAUACAAUAUAACUAGACUAACCUCUAUAACAGCAAUAUAGAUUUUCUUAAAGUCAAGAGUUUCAAACUCCUGAAAAGUUGGUUUAUGCAUGUAAAGUAGCAAAGUCUGCUGUGUCAGAAAUGGAUUCUCACUGUCGGUUUCUAUUCAUAUUUAAACCGACGACAUAUUUUUCUAUGAAUGCCAGUUGAACAAAUGUACUUUGUGUUCAGCUGCUAAUCUACAUAUCCACACUUUAAUCAGCCUAAUGUUCACAAGUACAUGUGACAGCCAUGUGAUAGGAACCACUGAUUCUUGACAUGGUAUAUGUCCACUUCUCUCUCUCUCUCAUCUGAUCUAAAGGUUAUGACUCUUAAGAACUGACCCUGAAGAACUGUCAGGUGUCCUGCAGGUCUGUUUGCGGCACUGGUUUGUUCCAUGUUGGUCCACAUUAUUAAACCAGCAGACCUCUGGGGUCUAAUAGUAUUAUGUGGUUUUAAACUGUACCACAGCUCAAGGUUCAAACCAUCUGCCCGCUUGUUCUGUUUCUCCUCAAGCAAUAGUAACACACACACACACACACACACACACACACACACACACACACACCCCUGGUUUCCACAGCAGGGCAGAGCAGGCUAAUCAGAGCCAAACCAGGCCUGUGACUGCAGGGUGAUUGGCUCAAAUUUAACAAGAGGGAUUAAAAAGGAAAAACAAAGCAAUCUUUUAUGUGUAAAAGCAAGUAAACAGGAUUUAUUUCUAUGGCGACACUACAUUUCAGUAAGAGUGUCUUAAUGAUGUGUGGAAAAAAAAACUUCAACUGCAGGUGCAACUCAAAGAAGACAGUGGAUAGUGUGUUUCCUAUCUUUUCAUUUUAUGUGUUGCUAAUGGGGAUGCCAUUGUGUGGCUUUUGGGUUGUUAUACACCAUAAACAAGCAGGUGGAUAAUCUUUAAAGACUAUUAUUUACUAUAUUAUGUGGCUGUGAUCCAUUUUGAUAGUGGCCUGGUCCUUCUAAGCCCCUCAGGAAACACUGGCUCAAAUUCAGCAACCGAAACAUGUGAUGGGUGGUCAUGGCACUCACUUUUAUCUAUGUUCAUACCUGCCUUUACCUCCAUCGUGCUCACCUCUACCACCUUGACAGAUGUCAGCCAUGAACAAGUCAAAUUUACUGCUAGGACUAAUAUGCGUCAUCAUUAGGUGGGGUUUCUAAAUAAAUUCUCUGCCGAACAGCUCAUGGUUUACUGAAGGUGCACCACGCACGUCUGCACUGUGUUGGACCUGUAUUGGCACAGUUUGUGCCAUAGUGUUGGCCAGAGUCCAAUUAGGAGGAUUUAUCUGUGAGCUCCGUGCUACAGGUCAGCAGGAGCAGCAGGCAGGGCUGAGCUCAUGUCACACAGUCCUGUGUCGGAGGGGAGGAGAAAGAGAUGGAGGUGUGACAGCUACACAAUGAGUUUUUUAAGGGUUUGACAGUCUUAUUUAAUUUUCCUUGUGUAAAAUUUGUCACAAAUUCAAAAUACAUCUGACGGCAACAACCUGAUCCACUUAUUUUGUUCUUGUCUUGAUGAUUACAGAGUUUAAAAUAGCCUGUUGGCAGAAUGUCCUGUUGGCACUGUUAUAUAAGGUGAAGACUAGUUGAAAUCCAAGGCAACCUUUGUUGCAAAGACUUGGAGCUAUUUCUCUUUCCAUGCUUCCUGGUUCUCUUCAGACUUUGCACAAGGACAAAACAUUUGCAUGCCAUUGCCAACACAAAUGGCUUUUGUUUGCAGGUGGGAAGCCUAUUAUUACUUCUGGCAACUUCUGGAACACCUGCACAGCUGAGAAUGGAGAACCCUUCCUGGUGAAGCUCAUUUGGUUUGGGGUGGUUUAUUCUGUUUGUUUUUUUCUAAUGUAGCUUAAAACCAACAGUGAGUUUAAUCUAUAAUUAUGUAUAAUAUGACUGACUGUCAAAUAAAUGUAGUGGAGUUAAAAAGUUCAGUGAAAUGAAAAUACUCAUCCUUAAAAUUGUACUUAAGUGUGGUACUUUUACAGACAAGUUGUUUUGAAAGGUGUUUGAGGUUGAUGCAUUCAUGCGAGAAGCUGUGACAUCUGACUUCCUCUGCCAAACUGAUUUUCUUAAGAUCCAAGAAACAACCAAAUUCAUGUCGUCCUAUUAAAGACGUAUUAAAGAUGUCCAUGUUUGAUUACUGUUUGCCUUGUGGCACUGAUUUCCAAACUCAACCAGUGAAUUCAGUGUACUUCUUGGCAGCUGUGUGUCUCUCCAGUGUCAGGGCUUCACCAUAAUGAGCUGAGUGACCCCAGCAGACCUGAUAUAUCAUGCUGUGACAGAGGACAUGGGUAAUUUAUGAGAUGCUGCUUUCUCUGUAUCAUUAAUGACCAGUAAUUUUUUGUUGGUAUUAUUUUGCAUAUUGUUUACAGGGAGUCCUUUUAAAGAGAUAUUCCACUUAAAAUUGUGUAUAAACAUGUAUAGUUUAUGUUUUUUCCCUCCCCUUUUUCAAUGUAAUGUCUUUUAAAUGCAAUUUUAAUGUUUUCUAAAUGUCUUUGUUACAACCCGGCUCAAGUGGCCAUAACAAAAGGGACCAUGAUGACCAUAAUGAACAGUUAACAAAAGAUAUUUUAUAGCAGCAAAUCAAACCAAAUCAAACCAAAUGAACAAAUAACUAAAUAAGAGCAACAUAUGGGGUGUGAAUGUCAGUGAUAUCAGCACUAUGUGUGAGUACUGAAUGAUGGGCGUGUGACAGUGUGUAUGUGUAGGUGUUGAGAGUGCAUGAAAGCAAAGAAACUAAAACAUCACCAAACCAGACCAGAGUGGUUGCCUGUAGGGAGAAGCAGAGAGUAAGUGAGUGAGUGAGUGAAUGAAUAAACACAGCUUUUAUCACCUUCAGUACACCGGGCCCAGGUGCACUGAGUUGCAAUCAAGUCAGCUUGGGAGAGACAGACCUGGCAAACUCUCACAGCAGACACACCCCUAGAUGACACAGGGAUCUUCACAGUCUUACAUUUCAUCUAUUUCUAAAGCACCUUGAUUGCCUUGUGUGUGAAUGGUGCUAUAUAAAUAAACUUACCUUGCCAAUAAAAGGUUGUCCCCCUGAAGUCUUGAAAGGCUAUGAAAAGAUGGCAGCGUUCUUUACAAAGAAUGAAGGGUGGGCAAAUCAGAGAUCAGUAACAUUGUGAUACUGUUUGGCAAAGCUUGAAUAUUAAAAGAGAACGUACCCACAGCUUAAUAUUUCAGAAUUUAAAACGUAUCUUAAAACACAGUGGAUGAUAGAAAGAUUAACAAGUAAAAGAAAACUACAACCUGUAAAAUUCCUAAAGGGAUGGGCACAACUAUGCUAUGCAGCUAUGUCGCAUGUGCCCCAAACAAUUUCCCAUUUGGGACAAUAAAGUUUAUCUUAUCUUAUCUUAUCUUAACUAAGCCUUGGGAAGGGAUGGGAAUAGAUAGGAAAAUAAAAACUAAAAAGGAGUUGUAGGUGGACUGGGCCUAUGUGGUGCCUGAUUUGCCCCUCCCCCCAUACUCCUACUCAUUUGUGGAGAUGUGUGUGUAUGUAUUGUAUAUGUGUGUAAGUUAUGGUACUUUCUUGGGCGAAUCAGUUAGCAUGCUAAUGGAAGUCUAAAUUGGUGGCCAGAGGGAGGCCUAGCCGUGACUACGUGACCCCCAGAUAUGUAUGUGUA